AGUACGCCACCAACUUUGCUGGCUGACAGACGUUCUAUUCCUACUCUCUCUGUCUCGAAGCGAUAGUCUCUCCCCCAAAAAAAGAGAGAUCCCGAAGAAAUAGUAAAAAAAAAAUUGUCGACAGAGUUUCUUGUCAAUCUUCAGAGGAACACAAUAUUCUUGAGUUCUUUUUUUUUCCAAGUUCCCCAAUCGGAAUUGGAGUUUUAAUCGGUGUCGUGUGAGAAAAUUUUCAUGAUCGAUUGACUUUCAAAGUGAAACAACUUUUUUUUUACCCCAAAAUCAAAUUUGUGUCGAAGAAAAAAAAAAACAAAUAUUUAAUGGUGUAUUUUGGAAUAUCAGUGAGAAGAAUGAAAUAAACAGAAAAAGUGAUUUCUAACAAAUAACUUUAAUUUUUGGGGGAAAGAAGCAUUUGAAAAAAACCCUCUAUUUAAAAUCAAUCGGAUGCACGGUGCACGUAAACUUCUUAUCGCGAUACAAGCUUAAGAAGGUUCUUUUUACAGGGGAUUACAGCGUAACAAAGGUAUACAAAUUGAUAGUGGAGUGAUUUGUAUCUCUUUUUUUUUUGGUGCCAUCAAAGUGAUGUUCAUCCCCCAUAAAUCAGUGUCUUACUAAAUUUUUAUUGGAAGGAUUAUAUUUUUAAAUCGCCACUGUGCAUUUUUUUGUGUUAUUGUGGAUUUUAUUGUGGGUAUUCCCUUGAAAGAGAUAAAUGAAGAAUCUCCCUAUGAUUAAAAGCUACACCUGAAAAGGAGCGCCAAAGUGAAUUUUAAAUCAAUUGCGAUAAAUCGUUUUGUUGUGGAAUUAAAAGAGCUUCAUCUUCGUAUCGACAUUAUCCCUCUUUUUUACUAAAAAAAAAAGGGAGAACUGAAGAAAAAAGUGAAGAACGAUUUAUAUAAAGAUAAUUUAGCAACACAAAAUGACAUCAACUUCCCUUCCGGCGUGAGGAAUCUGCGGUGAGGGAGACUCUCUAGCGAAGCACACUGCACUUCCAUGGAUUCAAUUUAUAGAAUCACCAUGGACAUACGGCACAGUCAGAUAUUUCUCCUGAUGCUCCUAAACAUCUUGCUAAUGGUCUCAACGGUUGCCACGAGAAAGAUUCCAGCAUCAGAUGCUGAGACUAUUUCUAUCAAUUUGGGACACAAAAGGCUAUUUCGAGAAACUGUACCAGUCUUUUCGAGAGUUGUACUUAAAUGCAGCUACGAUGAUCCAUUGUGGCUGAAAAAUGCAUCACCACUUGAACUGAACUCCAAACAGACUAAAAUAAUCAAAUUUGAGAGAAUCCGAAAGGCAGACGCAGGAAUUUAUGCUUGUCAUUCCACAGAGGGUGAAUGGUCAAAUCUGACACUAAGUGUAGACAACAGAUCACGAUCACCACCCGAAGAUGAUACAAAUUUUACAGGGAAUCUGGAGAUUCAAUCUCAAGUGGCAGAAGAUGACUUUGCCGAUGAUAUUGACGGUGAUGAAUACUUUGAAAAACAGUAUCAAACUACAAAAGAGAAUCUCAGAGAACCUACUGACCCAUCAACAAGAUCUCCCGAUAGUGAUCGGGAUAACACAUUAACUAAACUUGAGGCUCCUUAUUUUACCAAAGUCAGCACCCUUCCGCGAUUUCUAGCACGUCCGUCGGGAAAUAUGGUGAAACUGAAAUGUACAGCUGGAGGAAAUCCUGAUCCUGUGGUCACCUGGACCAAAAACGGACAACCCAUUACUCGCAAAUUCGGUCUCGUGAACUACGGAAAGAGAGCACUGACCCUUGAGGACCUUGUCCUCGAAGAUGCUGGGAACUAUACGUGUCACGUGUGCAAUAUUUUAGGAUGUGUAAACCACACAACUGACCUUCACAUCAAAGACAAAACCACUAGAUACCCCUCCCUGAGAGGCAUUGAAAUAUACUCUCAAACAGUCCAGAAAGAAACCACUCCAAGUGAUAGGAAAGUCGUUCUGGAUCAUGGUACUAACGACAUAACAGAUUCCUCACUGGAAAGUUCCGUUGUAGCAAAUCCCGCAAAUAAAACUAAGAAUACGGUAUUUAGUGCACCAGUAUUCACUAGAAGGGACAAGAUGAAUUUGCUAACUUCUGUGCCGACAGGCCAUUCCACCACAUUCAGAUGUCCAGCUUCAGGAAAUCCACCGCCUACAAUCACUUGGACAAAAAAUAAUGGAACCAUAACUCGACAUCUAGGUGAUAUUAGGUAUAUUAAAAUGGGGAUAAUGAUGGAUUCUGUAACUCCAAGUGACUCAGGAAACUACACCUGCCACGUCUGCAACGUUGUAGGCUGUAUAAAUUUCACUUACAAUUACAUAGUAAUAGAUCGUUAUCCUUCACAACCGAUCAUAUCGAAUCCUCCCCAAAAUCAAACUGCAGUUGUGAACAGAACCGUUACAUUCUCAUGUGUAACUUUGAGUGACCUUGGAGUCCAUAUAGAAUGGUAUAAAUUCCGAUCAAAGAUCAUUAAUGGAAGUGAUCUUCCAGAACAUGCCAAAUUGAAGACGGAUCCUGACACACCUGGGAUUCUGAAGUUUGAAAACGUUACCUACAGCGACGAAGGAUGGUACACUUGUCUUACAGCAAAUACAUUAGGUGCCACAACAGCCAGUGCAUAUUUGCAUGUAGUUGAUGAGGAGGCACCUGUGAUGACUCCUAUCAAAAACUACAGCAUCUAUACGAUUUGUGUGAUUGCCUUUUCCGUCCUCCUACUCCUAUCGUCGAUUUUGAUAGUAUGUACGUACAAGAAACUCAACAGGGAGAAGUUGAUUAUGAAACAUAGAAUGCAGACAGUUCAUCAGUGGAACAAGAAGGUGAUUGUGAUCAAACCUGCACCAGAUUCAUCAAAUCCCGAUGCAGUUAUCGUACCAAUAGUCAAAAUCGAAAAGCAACGAACAACCCAGAUGCAGAGCGCUAACAAUGAUCCACAACCAAUCUCGGAAUAUGAGUUUCCUAUGGACUCCAAUUGGGAGUUCCCUAGGAGUCAGUUGGUCUUGGGCAAAACCCUAGGUGAAGGUGCCUUUGGAAGGGUUGUUAUGGCCGAAGCCAAUAGCUUGGUUAAAAACGGGUUUGGUUCCGUCGUCGCUGUUAAAAUGGUCAAAGAGGGUCACACAGAUUCUGAUAUGGCGAGCUUAGUUCACGAAAUGGAAGUCAUGAAGAUGAUUGGAAAACACAUCAACAUCAUCAAUUUGCUAGGAUGUUGUAGUCAGGGUGGUCCCCUCUAUGUCAUCGUAGAAUACGCACCACAUGGGAAUCUUAAGGAUUUCCUGAAGAAGAACCGACCUCGAUCUGAAUUCGACAUACCCUUCAUCGCCAAGACGGAGGAAGAGGAAUACGAUCCUGACAAACUCAACCUAACCCAAAAGCAUCUCAUUUCUUUCGCAUUCCAAAUUGCGAGAGGAAUGGAGUACUUAGCCUCGAGAAGGUGCAUACAUCGGGAUCUGGCUGCCCGAAACGUUCUCGUCAGUGAUGACUACGUCAUGAAGAUUGCCGAUUUCGGUCUGGCAAGGGACAUCCAAGACACCGAUUACUACAGAAAGGCAACAAAUGGACGAUUACCGAUCAAAUGGAUGGCUCCAGAGUCCUUGACAGACAAAUUCUACGAUACCAAGAGCGAUGUGUGGUCUUAUGGGAUUCUUCUGUGGGAGAUCAUGUCCUUCGGAGAACAACCCUACCCUUCGAUUUACUCAGCCGAUGAUCUCAAUGUUUUUUUACGGUGUGAUCAUCGCUUAGACAAGCCAAAACGCUGCUCAAAUAACAUUUACAUGCUAAUGAGGCAGUGUUGGCAAUUCAAUCCACAAGAUCGACCAAAUUUCUCUCAGCUUGUCGUCGAUCUGGAUAAGAUUCUGAGUGCAACAGCCAACGAUGAAUACCUAGACUUGGGAGUACCCCUCCUAGAGACACCCCCAUCCAGUGACGACGAAGAAUCCGAUGUAGAAGCUCACAGAGAACUUCUUCACUCAAACUACUAAGUCCGAACAACUCCUGAAACAACUUAGAAGCAAUUUGCAAAGAACCAAAGGACUGAACAAAAAACUUUACAAGAAAUAACUAAAUUUUCUUUAGCAAUCAGUUCUUUCGAAAAUUGCUAAAAGAAAUAACUAAGAUUUUUUGCUUUUCUGCAGAAAAUAUCUCUGAUGUGUUUAUAUUAGGUUCUUAAGCAUAACUUGUAGCGUUUUACAUGUUUAUUUAAUCUCGGUAAGACUGUAUUUCCUAAUAACGUUGUAAAUCUAAUAAUUAUACUCUAUUGUUAGUUCAUUGACGGAAAACUUUGAGAUCAAUCCGACAAAAAAGAAAAUUAUUAAAUAAUUGUAAGUACAAAAAGGGGUCUCACAGAGUUUGUAUUUUUUUUCGAGUUUGCGAUAAGUUUGCAAAUUUCAAAUAAAACAAAAAAAACAAUAAAUAAAGAUGUAAUCAUCUAAGAUCUAAGAAAUGAUUUUAGUGUUAAAAUCAGUAUUUGAGAAUGUAGAAGAAAUCAAAUGACGACGAAGAUUGUAAAUAUAUAUAUCUUUGAAAUAUUGAAGAAUUGUAAUAAAAUUUAUAAAUUGCUAUUCAA